GGGAAGGAAGCCCUGACCCACUUCCCGUCACUGGGGCCCUCCCCGGGCUCUGCCCAGGGCAGGGUGCACGUCAAGCAGUGUGACCUGCUCCAGCUGUCCCGCAAGCAGAAGCGGCUGUGCCGGCGGGAGCCGGGCCUGGCCGAGACCCUGCGGGAUUCCAUCCGCCUCGGGAUCAUGGAGUGCCAGUUCCAGUUCCGCAGCGAGCGCUGGAACUGCAGCCUGGAGGGGAGGACCAGCCUGCUCAAGAGAGGUUUCAAGGAGACGGCCUUCCUGUACGCCGUGUCCUCGGCGGCCCUGACGCACUCGCUGGCGCGGGCCUGCAGCGCGGGGCGCAUGGAGCGCUGCACGUGCGACGACUCCCCGGGGCUGGAGAACCGCAAGGCCUGGCAGUGGGGGGUCUGCGGGGACAACCUCAAGUACAGCACCAAGUUCCUCAAGAAGUUCCUGGGGCAGAAGAGGAUCGGCAAAGACCUGCGGGCCAAGGUGGACAUCCACAACACCAACGUGGGCAUCAAGGCGGUGAAGAACGGCCUGAAAACCACGUGCAAGUGCCACGGCGUGUCGGGCUCCUGCGCCGUGCGGACGUGCUGGAAGCAGCUCUCGCCCUUCCACGAGAUCGGGCGGCUGCUGAAGCUUCGCUACGACGACGCCGUCAAGGUGUUCAGCACCACCAACGAUGCCGUGGGGCACUCGGAGCUGGCCGGGCCCCCCCGGCACGGGCAGUCCCCUCGGCUGCCCCCGGCCCCCCGCGCCACCGACCUCGUGUACGUGGAGGACUCGCCCAGUUUCUGCCGCCCCAGCAAAUACUCGCUGGGCACCGCGGGGAGGACCUGCUCCAGGGAGGGCAACUGCGACAGCAUGUGCUGCGGGAGAGGCUACAACACCCAGAGCAGGCUGGUCACCUUCUCCUGCCACUGCCAGGUGCAGUGGUGCUGCUACGUGGAGUGCCAGCAGUGCAUGCAGGAGGAGGUGGUGUACAGCUGCAAACAGUAG